AUGAGGAUUGCGAAUGUGAGACAACUUGGAUCAUUUAGAAUUCCUAAAGAUUGUUUUAUUGAUUUCAUAUAUCAAAAACUACUAUUGGAAUCAAAUAUUGUAGAUUUUUGGUACUCCAUUUUCACAAAUUUAUUAGAAGUUAAAUAAGAGAAAUUUAGUUAUUAAUACAAAAAAAAAUAUAGCAAAUAUUAUUGAA